CUGUUCUCUCUCUCCUCUCUUCUCAAAACUUAACGGUCACUUCUACUUCACCGGCAAAUCCAUCCAACGCCGGCGGCGACGAGCAGGCCAGGUAUCACUUUUGUGGCUGUUUGGUGGAGGUAGGGAGGUUCACGCCCAUAAGCAGUAGAGCAGCAGCUACGCGCCGGGUUCUGCAGCAUCGGGAGUAUACCAAGUCGAAAGUCCAGGUUCUAUUCGCGAGAAUUGUAUUUCAUACUGGUCUACCCUACGUAGGUAUAGAGACUGUGGUUUGUAAUGGCAGAGUAGGGUCAUGUCCUCGGGGAGGUCAGAUGGAGACUAGGUGGGUAGGAUCGAAGGCGAGGAAUGCAGAUGGGUAUAAAUUGUGGUUCUCCGGAGUCAUGAAGGGCAAGAACGGAGUGGGCAUUUUGGUGGAUAGGGAGCUCAGAGAGUCGGUGGUAGAGGUUAGGAGGGUGAAUGACAGAUUGAUGUCGAUUAAGUUAGUAGUUGGAAGGAGCACUCUGAAUGUCAUUAGCGCUUACGCGCUGCAAACGGUCUUGGACGAGGAGAUUAAAAGGUGCUUCUAG